UUUUACAUGUCACUGGAUUAAGUAAGGGGGUGUGAGGGAUAUAGGAUACGACAGAGGGCGGUAGUGCAGCUUUUAGGAAGCACGCAACCGUAAAACCGCGAAGAAGAAAAAGGACGAAGAAGAAGAGCGCUCGGGACCCAAACGGCUCUCACUGAUGCAGAUGGCCAGUGCUGAACAUGUGUCAGCGGUAGGACAGGAUCUGGUGGAUCCAGGACUUGACCUGACUCGGCGAUUCAGAGCUUUAUUCACCCUGAGGAACCUGGGAGGUAAAGAAUCUAUCGACUGGAUCAGUAAGGCCUUCACUGAUGAGUCUGCCCUGCUGAAGCAUGAGCUGGCGUACUGCCUGGGACAGAUGCAGGACACACGAGCCAUACCCACUCUGGCUGCUGUUCUCAAAGACACACAGCAGGAACCUAUGGUCAGACAUGAAGCAGGGGAGGCUUUGGGAGCUAUUGGUGAUCCUAGAGUUUUGGACCUGCUUAAAGAGUACAGUCAGGAUCCGGUCAUAGAGGUUGCUGAAACGUGUCAGUUGGCAGUUCGUCGACUGCAGUGGCUACAAAGUGGAGAAGAAAAGCUGUUAGAGAACAACAGUGUGGACCAAAACCCCUACUCCUCCAUUGACCCAGCUCCUCCGGCCGCGAGGAAGAGUGUGUCAGAGCUGCGCUCCAUCUUGUUGGAUGAGAGUCUGCCUCUCUUUGAGCGGUAUCGCGCCAUGUUUGCCCUGCGUAACCUGGGCAGCCAGGAGGCUGCAUUGGCCCUUGCAGAUGGCCUGCGGUGCUCUAGUGCUCUGUUUCGUCAUGAGAUUGGCUACGUCCUGGGUCAGAUGCAGCAUCCAGCAGCUGUCCCAGCCCUUUGUGCUGCCCUGGAGUGUUCCAGUGAGAACCCCAUGGUUCGACAUGAGGCAGCAGAGGCCCUUGGUGCCAUCGGUAAAGAAGAGUGUAUGGCAGUGCUGCAGCGUUACUGUGACGACAGAGAACGUGUCGUAAAGGAGAGCUGUGAGGUGGCUCUGGAUAUGCUGGAGUACGAAAAUGGUGAGCAGUUCCAGUACGCAGAUGGGCUGGUCAGGUUACAGUUACAAAGUUGAGGAAUCUUCUAAGUGAUGUAUUUUCUCCUUAUUGUUGUAUUAUCUUAAAUAAGAAUCCAACAAAACAGUACAGGAUUGUGUGGUUGUCCCAUUUGUGAUAUCUGCUAUUAUCUGCAGAUGUUUCCAAUUUUGAAGUUCAUCACAGGUGUUGUUUGUCCAUUAAUUUAGAUGUGGUACAUGAUCUUACAGUCUAUAGACCUUACAGUGGUUACAUUUAGAAAUGGCUAAGUCAUGGUUGCUCCAUUCUCUUUGUACCUACAGAGUAGAAAAUGUAUUGGCGCAACAACAAUAUUUCAGUAGAAAUUUUACUUAUAUUAAUUAAUAUAUUGUUAAUUUUGAAAAUCAAAUUUCUUUUGUUUGCAGUUUAACUUCAGGACAUUGUUAUAAAAAAUGAAAGAAACAUGCAACAAGUAACUUAAUUAUAAAAAUAGUUAAUGUUGUUUGUUUCAUCAUAUUGAAUCCAAUAAAUUGGCUUAAACCAUA